UCUCCCUCUUUCUCUCUCUGUUUUUUUCUUUUGCCCUCUCAAUUCAUCCGUCAUUGGUGAACAAUACAAAAAGGCCAGAUCCCUGAACCAGAAGAUGGUGAUAAUAUGAAGGAAUUCCCUCUUCGCACACCAUCACCAUCUCCUUCAACCUUAAGUACCCCAAGCACGCUUUCCCAAACUCUCACUUGUUUUCCUCCGGCGACGAAGCAAACUGCAGUUGAUCGAUUAAGCUUGGACGAUUGGGAAGCAUGGAUAGAUAUUGAGAGGCAAGUACAAGAUCUGCGUUGAUAUGGAGUUUCUACCAAACCCAGAUAGCCCCGCUGGCUCCAACAAUAGCGGCGGUGGCGGCGGCGGCGGCGGAGGAGGAGGUGGUGGCGGUGGCCCUGUGAACUUGGUGACAGUGGUCGCGGCCUCUUCCUCCUCCUUGGUCUCGGUGGCAGCUGUCGGCGCGUCGUCGUCGUCGUCUUCCCCUCCCUCGCUGAGCCGCUACGAGUCGCAGAAGCGGCGGGACUGGAACACGUUCGGGCAGUACCUGCGGAACCACCGGCCGCCGCUGUCGCUUUCGCACUGCAGCAGCGCGCACGUACUUGAGUUCCUGCGGUACCUGGACCAGUUCGGGAAGACGAAGAUCCACACCCACGUGUGCCCCUUCUUCGGCCACCCCAACCCGCCGGCACCCUGCCCCUGCCCGCUCCGCCAAGCCUGGGGCAGCCUCGACGCCCUCAUCGGCCGCCUCCGCGCCGCCUACGAGGAGAACGGCGGCAAGCCGGAGACCAACCCCUUCGCCGCCCGCGCCGUCCGCCUCUACCUCCGCGAAGUCCGCGAGCUCCAGUCCCGUGCCCGCGGAAUCAGCUACGAGAAGAAGAAACGCAAGAAACAGCAGCAGCAGCAGCAGCAUCAAGACCCUCCGCCGCCGCCCCCUGCGCCGGCAGCUGCCUGAUCGAUCGCCAAUCUACGCUAAGACGACUCCCCUGAAUUCAUCCUAUUAAUUAAAUAUUCAAGUAGCUUGUGUGUGACCUUGAAUCACUUAAUUAUCAUUAGUUUAUGUUCUCUUUC